AUGACACCCUUCCAGCGGUCAUAUUUCAUCUUAUUGGUGAUGACUGCCCUGAUCAUAUUGGGCAAUACCAUCUUUCCUAUCUUGCUACGUGGGAUACUCAGGGUGCUGCAAAGAGUAGUUCCAAAGACGAAAGUAUGGGAAGGGAUAAGGGACGGACUAGAGAUCCUGGCAAGUGAGAAGGCUAGGAUGCUCUGCCCGUAUUUGUUUAGUGGUAGUCAGUUGGCCUGGUUGGGGGGAACCAUCAUUAUCUUCAAUGGUCUUGACUGGGCGGUUUUUGGAAUUUCCUCUAUUACAAACCCAGCGUUUAAAGAUUUUUCGGUUCCGGUUCGAGUGGUUGACGGCCUUUUCCAGGCCCUUGCUGUGCGGAGCGGUGGGUUUGGAGUUGUGGGCAUCCCGUCUUUGAGGUUGUGUGUUCAAAUCACCUAUUUGGUAAUGAUGUAUAUUUCCUCGUUUCCUAUUUGCGUAGCUAGUAGCUAUGAAAACGACCCCCUCCCCGACCCAGAGUCAGCAAGGAAGAUUAGGCCCAGGUAUCAACAAGAGUCGAAAAGAAAGUUCCUCAAAUACCAGAUGAGGAGAACCUUUACUGUUGAUGAUUUUUGGAUGCUGUUUUUUAUUAUCUGGGUUAUUGCCACUAUCGAAACAGCACAUUUUGACGCGGACCCCGUGUCGUACUCGAUCUUUAAUAUUACGUUUGAAGUUAUCUCUGCAUACGGAUGUGUCGGUGUCAGUAUGGGGCAUCCGGAUAUGUCAACAUCUAUGAGCGGGGCUUUUAGAGGAGGAAGUCAGUUAGUGCUCUGCAUCGUUAUGCUUCUCGGUAGAACAAGAGAGGCAAGGAAGGGUGUGUGGAAGGGGGAUUGGGGGAUUGGGUCGGAACCCGCAGGAAUGUGGGUGAAUGGUAGAGAAGACUAG